ACUUGGGCGCGUGAACAAAGCCAACGACAUCCAUAAAGGUAUCCCCGUUCGGUAUAACCGAGUACUUUUACAUAUCAGUUCGUUGGAAUAAACUAAGGGAUGAAUUCUUCUAACGAUACCGCCUCAGUUAUACAGCUUUACACAGACACCGAGAAGGUUGUGUUGAUCACUCUGUACGUGGCGAUCUUUACAGUAGCUCUAUUUGGCAAUUCUAUUGGAUUGUACGUAGUUUGUUUGAAGACAACUUCUAAGAGAAUACAUAAUCUUUUGAUCAAGAACCUGGCAAUCGCUGACUUGUUAAUGACAUUGACUAUUAUGCCAUACUCAGUGCUUUUCAUGUUCCUUCAACCAAACCUAUGGUUUGGAGGAACUUUUGGGACAGUCACGUGCAAAGCGUUUUUCUACGUCAUGCCUGUUUCAAUUGCUGCAUCCGUGACAACGAUGGUGGUCAUUUCUCUGGAUCGAUUUUGGGCCAUCUAUUUCCCACUCAAUCAGGCCGUUUUCCAGAAGCAUAAAACAGUGACAGCGGCGAUAUGGCUCAUUUCUUUGAUUUCCACGACGCCAUAUUUGUUACUAUACAAUGUUUUCAACGUGGGGGAGUACUCUUAUUGUGUUCAAGACUGGCCUUGGGCAAAUAACCCGAUGGACAAAAUUUUGGCCGUGCGGACAUUCUACGUUGUUUUAUUUGUUUUGCUCUAUCCCGUCCCCCUCUCCAUUAUAACCGUACUCAACAGCAUCAUUGGUCGCCGUUUGUGGUUUCACAGGAUACCAGGAAGUAUCUCUAGUGCUCCAAGGACACCCGUUGAACUCUCAAGGCGGAAAGUUGUCAAAAUGUUAGUCGUAAUUGUCUUGACCUUUGCGCUGUGUUGGUUACCUACACAUGUGAUGCAUUACCUCGUGUUUUUUGAACAGGCCCAAAUUACCGCGUUGACAGCGAAUUUGCUUUAUUGGGUGUCGCAUGCAAACAGUGCGAUAAAUCCUUUGUUAUACAUCGCCUUCAACAGAGCUUUUCGUUUGGCAUUUAUGGAUGCCUAUGUUGCAAUGGUCAUGUGUCCUGUACACGCAGUCAGUGCAUGUGUAGGGUACAUCUCUGGAGAGCAAUCCGUGCCGGAACUGCAAACAAGUGAGCGUCUUGUGGUACUCCGGCAGAAAGCGCACUCGUUUCGCGUUGCACCUUCUUCAGAACGUGCACAAGACAAUGAAAAGGUGAACUAUGACACUAAGCUUUAAAUCUCUGUGUACGGCGCAGGCUUUAGAGAGAAAAACAUUAGCUGAGUUAACUGUUCUAAAAGUUAUUUCAAUUGCUUGCACUUGACUUGAAAAUCAAUUUUGAAACGUGGAAAAUCUGAUGAUCAUACAAUUUUCAUGACGAGGAAAGUGCCAAAACUUGAUCAAGUGUUUCCGUUAAAAUAAAUUUCGUGAUUGUUCAUCAGUUAGUUGUAUCGGUAUCAACGUAAUGUUUGAGGUUAUAUGGAUAAACUAGUGGCGAAAAAAAUCUUCACAUGAACAGGCAAUUUAUAUUUUAAGAUGAAUCAAAAAAAGGACCAUUAUAAUUUCUCAUUGAUUGACAUAUAUAUAACGAUUGUGUCUAGUUGAUUAAGGCUUUUUCUGUUUUACGUCCUGAUUUCCCCAACCAACUAGAAGAUUAUUCCAAAUUUUCCGGAGUUAGUUAAGUCUAGUUAGGUAACACUGAUGAAAUUAAAAAUGACAAUUUCUCCAAUGUUAGGGGGUUUAUACGAACUAGUAUUCAUUGAUGUGAAAGCGAAGAUGCCCUUGUGUUCAAUGUACUUCGGCUGCAGAAUUAUGGCGUUUAAGUUACGAUUUACUUUGACAAAACUUUCGUUUUCUUGCCUAUAGCUGACAUUUGAAGUGUCUCAAAUCGAUUCACGUGGGGUCGUUAGUUGCUGCAUUUGAAUUUUCUCCUUUAUUUCGUAGGUAAACAAUUAACCGAGCUCUUAAAUUUCCAGCUUUCAGGUAAUAGAAUUGCCAUAGGGGGAAGAGGGGAGGGUGAGUGUGUGGAGGGGGAUAUCAUAGUUACGAAUUUCACACCGAGAAGUAAUUAUACCUCGAAGAUUCUUUGAAUUCGCGCGUUUUUGCCAACUUAAGGUAUCACGAUGAUCUCCUACUAAUUUACGGGUACAGAUGGUCCCCAACAGAUACUCAGUUACAAAAAGGGUACCAAGUGCUGCCACGAAAGCAAGGAGAAAUCCCACUGGCAGUAACUGCUAAAGAGAAGUAAAGAAACUAAGGAGAUAACAAAAAGGAAAUAAAAAAUAUCACUCCCCAUUAUGUAAACCUUGGUCUGAUUAAGCCUCAUGAUAUAAUAAACUUAAGUACGUGUCAACUGUU